GCUGCACAAAUCUAGAAGUGCGAUCUUGACACGUAAGCUCAUGCACAUCAUCAGUUGUGUUAUCUCUGCACAAUACUUACAGCUUAUCUUAUAUAACCGUAUAAGACAGACAUCUGAACUUAUCUCCACACAACUCUUCUUGAUAGCAUCACUGUGUCAAGUGUUGAAGAAAAUGUUUCUCGUGUGCGUUUAUCUCUGUUUGUGCUUCUGUGGUCUAACUGGUGCGUUUGGUGAUGAAGUGAAGUCAGUGUCAGUGUUAGUGAUGGAGGGAGAUUCUGUUACUCUAUACACUCAUAUUAAACUACAGAAAGAUGAUAUGGUAGUUUGGAGAUUUGGACUUCAAAAUGUUCUUACAGCAAGAAUCAAUGCAGUGUCUAAAGAGAUCUCAAUAUAUGAGGAUAUUCUUGAUGGGAGAUUCAGAGGCAGACUGCAGGUGAAUGAUCAGACUGGAGAUCUCACCAUCAUAAACAUCAAUACUGAAGACUCUGGAGUUUAUAAUGUAACCAUCAGUGGCAAGCAGAAUAUCUCAUACAGAGUCAGAGUCAAUGUUACUGUCUAUGGGUCCCCCAGCUACAUCCCUGUUCUGAUCAGUUUUACUGUUGGAUGUCUGAUGAUUGUUGCUUUAGUUCUGAUCUUCCGCAUUUUCAGGAAAUACAAACACACAAAACAACAGGUUGAAGAGGAGAUCACUUACUCAGAUCUAGCAUUCAAAAAAAAACAAGCACAUGAAGAGACAGCUUCAGAGAUGGAUGAUGUGGUGUAUGCAGGAGUCGUAAGUCAUGAUGAUGAUUGACUUUGAUCAAAGACCGAGACUACAGACACAAACUGAUGAAGACUGAUGAAGAUGUCUGACCUCUCAAACCUCCACAUGAAGAUUUUAUUACAACUCUGAUCAAUAUAACCAACUAUGGACAGAUCAAACUUUCUGAAUCAGUUUAAAUUACAGACAUCUGGUGGUGAAGAGAUAAAGUUCACUUACAAACACCUGCAGCUGCUUGUGAUUUAAGUAGCAAGUUCAUUACAUUAAAACAAAGUCAUUUUCUAAGUUAUUCAUAAAUGAUAACACAUUUCACAUUUUUUGUGCAUUUUUCUUAAAUGAUUUAAGCAGUAGAUGGCACAGUGUAGUACACAUUUACAAAUUACCUAAAAGAUUAAACAUUAAUCAAGGAAAAUAAAAAAAAAAACUGGUAAAUAAAUGUACUUAUAUAAUUUAUAUAUAUCACAAGAUAGAGGCAAAAAUAUUCCCCCAAAUAUGACAGUUUUUCAUUUCGAUUUCAUUUUAACAUUAAUUACAUUUAUUUAUUGGUUUUCAGUGUGCGCUUCUCUGAUCUUCAUUUCUUAUGAGAGCUUUUUACAAUGCUUACAUCACAUGACAUUUACUGUUUUUACCCAGUAAAGUCUUAUGGGUUCAUUUUUGUAAUUCUUGCUAAUUCUGGUUUUGAAUUAAGCAGCUUUUAAAAAAGAUAUGUUUUGUGAAAAGCAUA